CCGAACGACAGACCAGACACAUCCUCUGGGGCUCUGUGUGUCGCGCUUUCGUUCGAUGCCAUGCCUACAAUGUCCUCGGACUUCGUUCUUCAUGUCGUCAGUUCACGUUCGAUAUUUGUGUUGUGUGGUAACACGUAACGGUAAGCGGUGAAACGGUAAAACGGCAGCCAGGCGUCCGCCACAGCGCCCGACUUCGGAGUAAACGGGUACGACGAACGCGGAACGUCGCGGAUUUUCCACCCAAAAAAAAAAGGAAUCAUAAAACUCCAUCGAGCAGUGUAUUUGUGUAUCUGUGUGUGUGUGUGCGUGCACGAGUGUGUGCACGGGCAUUCCCUUGUUGCAUUUGCAACAAUCAAAAGAUUAAGAGAAAGCAACUCCCCAAAAAAAGAAAGGAACCAAACAGCAUCCCCGAGAAGGAUCCUACAGACCCGCUAGUACCCUCUGAAAGAAGAUACCCCCACAAAUGAUAUACCCUCUAAAAAAGAGAUAGUAAAUGCUCUAAAAAAAAAGAUACAAAGCCCCUCAGCAAAAUAAUUCGCUAACCGGAAAGUCGCGCCAAAGCAGCCAACAAAUUUCAAGUGUUUUCUCCCAUUUUCCGGACUGGGGAGAGUGUGUGUGCCAGUGUGUGUGUGGGGCAUAGGCGCCAACUUGCCCAACAAAAAAAAUAAAAUAGUCAGAGGCCGCCAAAUGGCAGCGGCACCAGCGGAUGCCUAAAACGAGGCUUUUAUCUCCAGAGAAAGAAAAAAAAUAAGUGAAAGAAAGAUUAAAGAAAAUUAAAUUUUCGGCAGAAAGCUUUUCCUUUGCAAAUGGUGUUGAAAAGCGUGAAGUGAAGUGUGACAAGAGGAGGGCAAGAAAAUCGUGGGAAAACCAAGGAAAAUCAUUGGCUCAAAUCAAAGUCAAGGAAAGGCCUGGAACGGACUAUUAAACGCCGCGAUGGCACAACAACAGCAACAGCUACUCGAGCAGGGGCAGGAGCAGCCAGCGGCGCUGAGGGUGUUGAGCACGUGAAUGUCUCUGUAAAAUGUCCGCUUGCAUGACAAUCGUAGCGUGCCGGCAUUCAGAAAACGCAGCAGAAGAAACAGCAGCAGACGACGCAGCCGAGCGAGGCGUACGUGAAGUGUUUCCCAAGCAGCAGCAGCAUCCGCAGUAGGGGCAAGGACACAUGCCUCAUCAUCCCAGUGCAGGCAAGGCUUAGCACCUGCACCCCAGAGGCGCAGACAGCAGCAACGGCACGGCACAACGCAUGGAAUAAUUCAACAACAGCCAGGUUUUUUUGUUGCAAACAAACUUAUCGCUGGUUUUAAUUAAUAAUAAUACAAAAAAAAAAAAACACGAGAGGAAAGCGAGGAAAAAUCUUUACAAAAAACAAGAGCACAGAAAGCGUAAGCGAAAAAACGAGGCCACGCCACAAACAGCAGCUAUCUUGUGGUCAAUUAUACAACGCGAACAGCGAGCAGAGAGCACAUAAUAAACCCUAUAUAUAGUACAGUAAAACAACAACAGAGGGAAACGCAAGCAGAGUAAUCCAACAGCCAUUUUUGACCAAUAAUAAUAAUGGUCGUGUUGCUGCAUUCGAAGCGACAACUGCCGCCAGCAGCAGCAGCCUCAUCGAGGACGAGGAGAAAACUCGAGAGGACAAGGACAUGGCCGUCGCUGAUGAUGACGACGAUGCUAGUGCUCUUGAGCGGCAGCAGUCGGGCGGCGGGCAGCAGCUACAGCUACAGCAGCGGCAGCGGCAGUGGCAGUGGCAGUGGCAACCUGAGCGCCCCCCAGCGUGGCACCCUUACGGCAACAAAUAAUGGAGGACUCGUGUUGAUCGGCAGCAGCUCCACUUCCAGCUCGAGUUCCAGUUCCAGUUCCAGUUCCAGUUCCGUGCCCUCAUUAUCCCUUACUUCAUCAUCGUCCACCUCUUCCACGAGCAGCACUGGCAGUGGCAGUGGCAGCACUGGCAGCAGUUCAUCUUCGUCUGGCUCUGGCCCUGGCGCCGGUGCCUCAAACAGUGGCAACAACCGCAGUGGCCGCCUGGCCAGCGGCGGCGGGGGUGCAGCAAGUGGCACAAAUCAUGAUCAAUUACCCGCCCAGCUCUCCUCACGCAUCAUUCACACACGCAAUGGCGCCAUCUCGGGGAUAAUUGUCCAAUUAGAUGGCAGGCAUUUGGAUCCGGUGGAGGCGUACCGCGGCAUACCCUACGCCUCGCCCCCCGUCGGCAAUUUGCGUUUCAUGCCGCCCGUCUCGGCGGCCAUGUGGUCGGGUGUCAAAAAGGCGGACAGAUUCAGUCCCGUGUGCCCGCAACGUCUGCCGGACAUCCACAACGAGACGGCAACGCUGGAACGAAUGCCCAAGGGACGUCUGGAGUAUCUGAAGCGUUUGCUGCCGUAUCUGCAGAAUCAAUCAGAGGAUUGUCUUUAUCUAAAUAUUUAUGUGCCCAUACAAGUUGGUUCAAGGGAUUCCACGGGCAGUGGCAGCUCCUCCUCUGGCGGCAGUUCCGGCUCCUCCUCCUCAUCGUCGUCGUCUUCCUCCUCGUCGUCGGGCAGUGGAAAUCCCACAAAAUAUCCUGUGCUGGUGUUUGUCCAUGGCGAAUCAUAUGAAUGGAACAGCGGCAAUCCGUACGAUGGCUCCGUUCUGGCAAGCUAUGGACAAAUAUUGGUGGUAACCAUAAAUUAUCGCCUCGGAGUGCUGGGAUUCCUGAAUGCCAACACGGACCGAUACUCGAAGCUGCCGGCCAAUUAUGGCCUGAUGGACAUCAUUGCCGCACUGCAUUGGCUCAAGGAGAACAUUGCUGCCUUUGGCGGGGAUCCGAACAGCAUAACCCUCGCCGGACACGGCACUGGGGCGGCGUGCGUCCACUUUCUCAUUUCAUCAAUGGCCGUGCCAGAGGGCCUGCUCUUCAAUCGGGCCAUCCUGAUGUCCGGCUCGGGGCUGGCACCCUGGUCGCUGGUCAGCAAUCCGGCGAAAUAUGCCGCCGUCGUGGCCCACCACGUGAACUGCGCCUCGGACCUGCCGCACGCCCAUCUGAUGAAGUGCCUGCGAGAGAAGACGCUCGAGCAACUGCUGAGCGUCCCCAUACGUCCGCCCGAGUUCGGUUUCGCCUUUGGGCCGAGCAUCGACGGAGUGGUCAUCGAUGGCGGAGAUUAUGUGCCACCGGCGCCGGGCUCGGCGGCAGCUCAAGCCCAGGCGCAGGCCUCCACGGCCGCCGGGAAUGGCCUCGGCGGGGAGGCGGGUAUUGCCGCUGCCGGAGGCUGGGGCACGCCCGGACAACUGGAGAAUAUCGUAUUAAUGAGAAAAACUGCCAUUAACAAGUUGUCAAGAUACGACCUGAUGGCCGGGGUGACACGUGCCGAGGCCUUUUUCAGCUUCAAUUCGGGCGAUGUGCAAUACGGCAUCGAGGCGGAUCGAAGGUCGAGAAUUUUAAAGGCCUACGUGAGGAACACGUACACGUUUCAUUUGAACGAGAUAUUCGCAACGAUUGUCAACGAGUACACGGAUUGGGAGAGGCCCGUCCAGCAUCCAAUUAAUAUCCGCGACGAAACACUGGAGGCUUUGAGCGAUGCCCAGGUCGUGGCACCGGCAGCACAAACUGUGGAUUUGCAUUCGGCGGAUCAUCGAAACUCGUAUCUAUAUGUUUUCGACUAUCAGACGCGCUUCGGGGACUAUCCGCAGCGUCAGGGCUGCAUCCAUGGCGAGGACCUGCCAUAUAUCUUUGGGGCACCGCUCGUUGGCGGUUUCAAUCAUUUCACGCGCAACUACACGAAAACCGAAAUCAGUCUAUCGGAGGUGGUCAUGUUUUACUGGGCCAACUUUGUCCGCACAGGCAAUCCAAAUGAACAAAUGGAAUCGGAGCACAGCAGUCGACAGGAGAGGAGUCGCUACAAGACCAUCGAGUGGACGGCGUACGAGAGUGUGCACAAGAAAUACCUCAAUUUUGACACGAAACCAAAGCUCAAAAACCAUUAUCGGGCACAUCGUCUAUCGUUUUGGCUGAAUCUGAUACCGGAUCUGCACAAGCCGGGCGGCGACAAUGUCCCGGCAGCCCAUCAUCAGCUGCACGACGAGGACGAUGAGGACAACAAUAUCCCCAACGAUGCCUCUGUGAAACCCCUGAAUCCCCCCUACACCUCGAGGGCUGCCAAUGCGGCGGCAAUGGGAAACUUUACGAUAUUCACGAAUCAAGUGUUCUCCCUGCUGAAUCUCAGUUCUCCCUCGUCCUCCCUGCAGCGGAACGGCACUCGCUACGGCGGCAAUAAGAUCUAUCCCGACGACAUGAUGGACCCGGACCAUGCGGCCGGCGGAGCGGCCAGUGCCUCGCAGGACAACGAUGGCUUUGCGGCGUAUUCCACGGCGCUGAGUGUCACCAUUGCCAUCGGCUGCUCCCUGCUGAUCCUCAAUGUCCUGAUCUUUGCGGGCGUCUACUACCAGCGCGAUAAGACGCGUCUGAGCGAGCCCCGGCCGCAGACAAAGCUGAAGCGCCAGGAGAAUGGCCAGAUCCCGAACAGCAUCUGCGGGGACCUCGAAACCCUGACAAUCCAUGCAAAGAGCGACCCCGGGACGAUCCUAUCCCAUCAUCAUGCCAUGCAACACCACCAGCUGCCGCCUCCGGAAUUCGCCGACAUUCCGCAUCGUGCCCCGCCUCCGCCGAAGCACAUGAAAACGAUGCAGGACUCAGGGGGCGGUGGCGGUGGUGUCCCACCAACGCAUGCCCUGCAAGUGCUGGGCAAUCAGUGCGGGACUCUGACCAAAAAGAGUUGCAUGAAGCAGACCCAGGCGCAGGCCCAGCAGCAUUCCCCCUCGCAGCAGCAUCAGUCGCAUCAGCAGCAGCAGCAACAACAGCAGCAACAACAGCAACAGCACGUGGUAACACAUCAGCAACAUUUGCAGAAUCAUCAUAAUCAAAGCAUGACCACCGUUCUAACCACAGCCGGUGGACUGGUGGUGCCCACCCCGCCCACAGUGCCAGUGAUUGUGGCAGCCACCACGCAGCACCACCAGCAGCAGCAGCAGCAACAGCAACAGCAGCAACAUCCACUGAUGGAUGAGCUCCGUGUGUGACAUUAAUUGACCGUGCGUUUUAAAUGUGAUCUCUAAGCGCACAGUCCCUCCUAUACGCCCCCCUCCCCCCCUACCAUCUCCCAUCUCCCUCCUUCCUUUCCAUUUCCCCUACAAAUUUCAGCUGUCGGUGAGUGUCCCCCUGGGUGAAUGGUUAGAUCUAAUUGCCUCUCUCUCUCUCUCUCUCUAUAGCGCCGUAAGUGUGUGAAUGCCGAUGUGUCCUGAUGUAUCAGGAUUUGAAAUCCAAAGCUAAUACUCGCUGACCAAGCCAUAACUUUGUUGCUAGUUGAUUUUACAUAUAUAGAUCGUAUAUACAUAUAUAUAUAUACAUUGUAUAUUGUACAUAGUUAUAUCUAAAGCUUAGAGAUUGUUGUUAGGAAUCAUUAUCGCCCAAGGAAAAGCGCCCACAACUUGGAAAAACAUUCAUUCUUUGCCAUAAAUCAUAGGGAUUUAUUUUUAGGUCAGGGCUUUCUUGAUUUCUUUGUGUUUAAAGCGGUUAACCUAUAAGAAAUUCGAUUCGAUAGGAACUUGACAACUGGUCCCUGGCGAUAAUU